GCAUUCACAUGUACCUGCAAUAGAGAGAGAGAAAGAGAGAGAAUGGCAAGCAGUGUCAUGUAUUCCUUGUCUCUAAAACCAUCUCCUAUUGUGGAGAGAAGAGGUGUGAGAGGACUGCCUUCUCUCACAAGGCCUUCUUCUUCUUCUUUUAAAGUAGUGGCCAGUGCCAAGAAGAAAAUCAAGACCGAUACACCUUAUGGGCCAGGUGGGGGCAUGAGCUUGCCCGAUGGACUGGACGCAUCGGGAAGGAAGGGUAAGGGGAAGGGCGUGUAUCAAUUUGUAGAUAAAUAUGGUGCCAACGUUGAUGGAUACAGCCCGAUCUAUGAUACGAACGACUGGUCUCCAAGUGGUGAUGUCUACACUGGAGGUAAAACAGGUCUGCUGAUUUGGGCAGUGACCCUUGGAGGUAUUCUACUAGGAGGUGCACUUCUUGUGUACAACACAAGUGCUUUGGCUCAGUAGAAUGUGUGUAUACGUACAUCUAUUUCAGUGUUGUAUGCUACGCUUCUGUAAAAAAAUAAGGAACAUCUCCCAAUAACUCUACUUUGUAAUCUUAUGCUAUGGCUUUUCAUUAAUCUUGUAUUUAGUA